UCGACGUAAGAAGAACAUAAAACCCACACGGCCACUCUUUCUCUCCAUUUCCGCUUCCAAACUUCUAUCCUCCUGUCACUCUCUCUCGCAUUCCAAACAGAGAGAAUGGCCACGGCACUGCAGCCCAUCCGCCGGACAACCGCUUCCGAAGAGGAUCCGGCGAAGCUUCGACUUCCUCUCACCACUGGUGAGGAAGAUGUGGAGUUACAGGAGGAGAAACCGCGACGGACGAAGCGCGUCGCUGCGCUCGACAUCUUCCGCGGACUUACCGUCGCCCUGAUGAUCCUUGUGGACGGAGCUGGAGGCGAGUGGCCAGUAAUCGGGCACGCGCCCUGGAACGGCUGUAAUCUGGCGGACUUUGUGAUGCCUUUCUUCUUGUUCAUCGUAGGGAUGGCCAUUCCUCUGUCCCUAAAGAGGAUGCCAAACCGGGUUCUUGCUGUUAGGAGGGUUCUUGUUAGGACGAUUAAGCUCAUCUUCUGGGGCCUCAUCUUGCAAGGUGGAUACUCCCAUGCUCCUGAUGAGUUGACAUAUGGUGUCGAUAUGAAACACAUAAGAUGGUUUGGCAUCCUCCAGAGAAUUGCUCUUGCAUAUUUGGUGGUGGCAGUAUUGGAAAUUUUUAUAAAGAAUGCAAAAGUUCAGGAAGAGACACAUGUAGGAUGGUCGUUAUUCAAAAUAUAUUGUUGGCAGUGGAUUCUGGGUGCAUGCAUUCUUGUGAUCUACUUCACUACAAUAUAUGCGACAUAUGUUCCUGACUGGAAGUACACUGUCCAUAAUGCUAAUAGUUUGGACAACGGAAAAGUCUUCACGGUUUUAUGCAGUACAAGGGGGAGAUUGGAUCCUCCAUGUAAUGCAGUAGGGUAUAUUGAUAGGCAAGUGCUGGGAAUCAACCAUGUGUACCAACAUCCUGCCUGGAAGAGAUCCAAGGCAUGCACUUACGAUUCCCCCCAUGAGGGUCCAUUUCGGAAGGAUGCUCCUUCAUGGUGUCAGGCUCCUUUUGAUCCUGAAGGAAUACUUAGCUCAAUCUCUUCUAUUCUAAGCACCAUCAUCGGAGUACACUAUGGGCAUGUGCUUGUGCAUAUGAAGAGUCACCUGGAAAGGUUAAAGCACUGGGUACUGAUUGGCUUAGGGCUUCUGAUUCUUGGAAUUUUGCUUCAUUUUGUGCAUGCCAUUCCGCUCAACAAACAACUAUAUAGCUUUAGCUAUGUUUGCACAACAGCAGGAGCAGCUGGAAUUGUGUUUUCUGUAUUUUAUAUAUUGGUUGAUAUUUUACAUCUACGUACAUUCUUUCUACCAUUAGAGUGGAUUGGCAUGAAUGCCAUGCUAGUUUUCGUCAUGGCUGCUGAAGGCAUCUUUGAAGGCUUCCUGAAUGGGUGGUAUUAUGAGAGCCCAAACAACACUUUGGUUUAUUGGGUUCAGAAACACGUAUUUGUCAAAGUCUGGCAUUCAAGAAGGGUGGGCAUCCUCCUUUAUGUUAUCUUCGCUCAAAUCCUGUUCUGGGCGCUUGUGUCUGGCAUUCUGCACCGUUUGAGAAUUUAUUGGAAGCUAUAAUAUUUAAUGCGAGGGUGGCUGAAGCUCCUACAAAUAAGUAUUUCAAUCCUUCAAAUGGUCAAUAUGUGGUAGUACACAUUUCAUUUUAGUUAGUUUGUUCAAAAUUUAAGCCAUCAACUAAAACGACUUGUUUUAAAAUCUUAUAUAUGCAUUAUGUAUCAGCAACACAUGCCAAUUGAAUUUCAAAUAAAUUUGAAGUUUCAUGCCCAGUGACUUUAUCUA